AUGCCGGCCAUCACCCUUCUCCUCCCCCUUCUCGCUCUCUUCACUCUCCCCUCCCUCCCAACCACCAACGCCCAAGAUGUCCUCGGGCUCAGUACACCUUCCCCAGCUUCAUCCCUGCCUGACGACUCGGCUUCUCCCUCGCCAACUGCUUCUCCCACCGCGUCAGCUACCGAUAGCGCGUCUGAUAGCGGCAGCGCCACGACAGAGUUCGUGAUACCUACCCCCAUGGCGGCGCAUGAAGUUUAUACGAGCAAGGAAGGGGAUACUUGUGGGAGUUGGGGAUGUGGGAAAGAGAUGAAGUCUGACGACGCAUCAAAGUACUACCCCGCCGUUUCUUCCUGGGCCUACUCUUCUAUGGCGUGCGGUUAUGGGUACUACAAGAAUGCCGACUCGUCCAAGUGUGAGAAGGGCAGUUGGUAUAGCAUGGACGGGUGUUACGAGACUACUAUCAUCCAGCAGACGACUUCUAUCAUUGAGGAUUGUUAUGCGUCUACCAAGACCAAGACUGUCACCGAGACCAAGGAGUCUGUGUCUACGAUGACGGUCGACAACACUGUCACUGAGACAAAGAAGGAGACUAUGACGGUCACGGCAACCGCUACUUCUACCAAAGUGGAGGCUACCACCGCUCGGGAGACUGAAGUCCGCAAUGUCACUCAGACGCAGGAGAAGAUUGUCAAGGAGACCGAGGUCCAGACGUCGUUGGUCCAGAAGAACUCGACCAUCACAGCGACCAAGACCGACGUUGUCAAACAGACCGAAACGGCUACUUCUUUGGUCACCAAGAACUCGACUGUUACGGCUACCCAGACGGACAAGGAGACUAUCAAGAAGACCGACACUGCCACGGCCACCGUCGUCAACAAUUCCACCAUUACAAAGCAAGUCUCGACCGACGAGAAGACGAUCAAAGAGACCGCAACGCUCGAUGUGACCCAGACCAAAGAAGUCGAUGUGACCAAGACCAAAACAGACGUACAAAUUUCUACCCAAAAAGAGACGCAUCAGGUCACCAAAAAUCAAACCAUCGACAAGACUAUCAAAGAAACUGCAACACUCACGGCUACUGCUACAGAAGUAAAGAACCAGACUUUGACGGCAACCCAGAAAGAGACCGCAACGAAAGAAGUCAAAGUCACGCAGACCGCUGUCCAGACACAAACAAAGACGGUCAACUCUGUCUCUGUCAACAAUGUCACCGCCACGGCUACGGCCACUACCACCCUCAAAGAGACGGUCAGCGAAAAAGUCACCCAGCUUCAAACCAGCACCGUCGAAAAAACGCUGGUAUCCACCGCCACCGCCACAAAGACCGAGACCGAAACUUCCACCGCCGACUCUACAGCCCUCUCCAGCUGUCAAGCCAGCUGUUCCUACAAAUGGUCCAUGGCCACCUCUAGCUCCAAAGCAUCCUCCUCCGAUUCGAGCUAUGGUUCAUCCUACGAUUCCGGCUCUGACAGUUCGUCCUAUGACAACUCAUCCGACUCGAAAGAUGGGAGCUCGUACUAUAAACGGAGUAGUGCGGCUGGGGCGGGCAAGGUGAAGGGGAGUCCGAUGGCUACUGCUCGACACCGACGGUCUGGUGGGGUCUUCUAA